CUAUGUUAUAAUUCUAGUGCCCAAUAUAUUAAAAAAAACUGUUGGCCAGAUGCCCACUAUUUCCAUGUUCCCUGGUGGUGGCGAGAUACCAUCAUAUUCACCACCAGCUCGGUCAUUUUUUACACCCCCACUACCACCAGAAUAUCAACAUCCCUUUGCUGAUAAACCAACAUUGCGCGGAACAAAUAACGAGGGAAUAAUUGAACCCAACUCUGGCAGCUACAUUAACCGCAGACCUAUACCGCCACCUAGUUUGAUGCCAGGACACGAGCGCAUACCGUUUAGACCUCCAGAUCUAAGCGGGCCGUCGAAUGAAGGCGUAUCAGCGGCACAAAUACCAUCAUCAGCUGGUAGUACAAAAUCUCCUUUAUAUUCAUUCACGACAAUGAGUGCCCAUCACGAAACUGAUAUUAAAAAAUCUUUAAAUACUCCUUCAAAAGUAACAGGUAUUAGUUCGGAAAAUGUCUCGAACGCAGAAAGAAUAAAUACAUCAUCUGGUGUAUAUUUAGAUGCAAAUAAUAGUAUAUAUAACAAUUCAAAUAAUCCUGAAGUUAGAAAGGAAGUUCUCCCUAGCAUUAGACGUAUUUUGAGUGGAUCCAAUGGCCGAAAGGGUGAUAUACCUGAAGUCCUACUAAAACAGGUAACUACAAGACCUAAUAACAACUAUCAUCAUCCGCCGUCCUCUCCAAUUGUUCUAAUUAAUUCGUCGUUAUUGGCAACAAAUGAAGGUGCUGUGGAUAAUGCCGAUAACAAACAAAAUAUAAACAAAAUUAAAAAUAUGAGAGAUACAGAAAAUGAUGACGAUCCGCAACAAAGAGUAAAAUUUACAACAAACACUCUUGGUGAGAGUAAUUUUACUUCGAACAAUAUUACGUCAACGCCAUCAGCCGCUGCGGCAAUUGGUGGAAGUGAAAAAGUUAAAUCUGCUAUAUCAGCGGCAAUAGCAACAUCAACAAUAUCAAGUAAUUUUGAUAUGUCACAAUCGACUGGUAAAAAUAAUGGCGAUAAAUCAUCGUCAUCGACUUCCUCGUCAACAUCAUCCAUAUCAUCAUCAACAUCUUCUUCAACAUUAGCAUCUGCGUCGGCACAUGUAACCUGGUCUUUGGCAUGGAAUAUUCAUGUAUAUUUAUCCGUUAUACUCUUUACUAUAUUAGCAGUAUAUUCAUUUUAUAAAAUGAUCACAUAUAACAAACUUACACAUCUAUUUUCUCAAUCAUAUUUCAUUUGCAUCCAUCUUAUUUUAAUCAUCAUAUGUACAGCUCGAACCUUCUAUUUAUGCUACGAUGCGUAUAAUAUUCAUUCCAGUUUUCACAUUUUUAUAUCGGAAAUUUUACUAAAUUUACCAGCAACAUUCCUGACUAUAUCAUUUGCGGUUUUAAUACUAUUUUUAUCGCUCAAGUCACUGAAUCAUAAGAAUAACCGUUAUUCUGCAUUAAUACGCCCAUUGACAGUAGUCGUUGGCUGUGGAGUGCAUGUAGUUUUAUGUAUUACUUUACAUUAUGUCGAAUCCUAUACUUUACAAAAUCAUCAACAGCAUUUGUAUUAUCAACAACAGCAGCAAUUACUCACAAAAAGACAACAAAUGCAACAACAGCAAUACAAUUAUUUACAAAAUCAAUACUCAUAUGCUGCUAAUAUUAUGGGUCUCGAAACAAUGGCGUUUAGUUCGUCAAUGUCCUCAGUGCCGGGAGCAAACUUCAAUCAACACAAUAUAGCAACCAGUGUAUCUUCAUUGCCACCACCUCCACCUAGAGUAUUGUCAUUGAUAUGCCAAAUAAUUUAUAUAUUUGUAUGCUUUAGUUUGGGACUUUUGUAUCUCUAUUUAUAUCGCAUUCUAAAACGCAUUUUACGAAGUAAGUCUCAAAACUAUAUACACGGUUAUCAAAAUCUUUCAUAUGCUAUACACAUAACAAUAGCCACUGCGUUGCUUUUUGUGUUACUAGCAUCAUUACAAAUAUUUGGUGCUAUAAGCAUUUCAUCGUCCAGACCUUUAAUUACCCAAAAAACCGCUGAAAUUGACUGGUUGCAGUGGGGGUAUCAAUUUUCCUUGCGCCUUAUCGAAAUUGCAAUUAUAACGCUGAUCUCUUGGGUCACAGGUCUUAAAACCAGUAAUGGAAACAAUACAGUCAAUAUUAAUUUAACCAAUAACGAUUCUAGAGUGGUGACAGGUCAGGUAAAUGGUGCCAAUUCAACGUUUAACACAAAUCUUAGUGUGAAUCCAGUCCGCGAAAAGCAUGGCGUUCAUAAUAACCAAUACAACCACUCUAACAUGACAAAUUUCUUUUUGCCUUGCACCUCAAGUUCCAGCCAGGAACAAUUUGAUACAGAUUAUCCAGCAGUAUGUAAUGCAAAUACCAAUUUACAUACAUACACAAUGCGCACUGGUAAACUAAUAUAUGAUGAUAGUUUUGCAUUGAAUUCGCUAAAUACAAGUAACGCAGCUACUCCAGCAAGCGAUUUUCAUCAUUCACAUCAUCAAGUUCAGCCACAUUCUAAACAGCCGCCACAAUCUACUUAUCAGCAUCCCUACGAUUCUCAAUCUUUACACAGUUCUGCCCAUCACAAUGUUUCUGAAUAUGGUUCCAGGAUAAAUUAUCAGCCCGAAAAUCAUUUACAGUACAACGAUUAUUUGACAGAUAAUACCACGGAUCACUAUGAAAAUCCUAAUUUCGAUUUACGAGGUUCCGGUUCUGCUACUUCAGGUUCAGCUUUGGUGGUAAAUUCUAAUACUGGCAAUGGAACAGUGCAAAAGUUUGGAAAAAAUUCCAUUUCUAAUUCGACCACUACAGCUUCCAGCAGUAAUAAUUCAAAUAUGGGCUCUAACUCGUCGUCUGGUUCAUCUGCUACGUUGCAGCAGCAAAUGUUAUUAUUACAUGGUGGCGGUGACACUUGCUAUUCAGAGCCUAUUCAUGAAAAUUAUGACUUUAAUAAUUUUGAAAAGCCAAAAUUUAAACAACAGCCCCAUGAUAAUUGGCCAGACGCUCAUAUUCCCACUAUAAUAAACAAACGUGAUAAGAAAAAAUCACUUAAUACUUUAGAAAGAUGUGGCUAUGAUAAGCCCGAGCGACGAAGUUCUAAUUCCACGCAUUCCUGCAAUUCAAAUAGCAAUUCCAACAAUAUUGGCGUUGGUGCUAAUAAUGGCGGUGGUGGCUCACGCUAUGCUAGUUUCAAUACCUUUGAAAGAGCUCCUUUUAAUAAUGUGCGUAAAAGUGAUACUUUUAAUAAUAUUACAUCUAACGGUGUGAAUAUAAUGCACGGACGCAAUAAUUCCUCAUCAUCAGCUACUUCAGCAACAUCGGUUAGUGGACCAAGAAAUACCCCAUUAGGCAUACAGACCUUGGCAUCAACAGAAAGACAUCAUCAUGUUAUCCCUUCACGAAACUUAAGAGCAAGUGGUAGUUCAAAAGUAUUAACAAAUAAUGCCUCUGGACUUGAUGUUUUUUCACGUUCAACAAUAGAACGUUCAAGUAUUAGCCAUAACCAGCAAAGGCCUCUUAACCAGCUACCCAUAAAUCAGUCACAAGUACAAAACCAGUAUUCCGAUGAUGAUGACGACGAUAAAGAUGAUGAUAUAAUGUUAGCAACAUCUCCACAUCAGGUGUAAUACUACGGUGCUAAGGCCUUGCAGCUAUCUCAAUUAGUUAAAAAAGGAGUGAAUUCCCUGAUUAAUCUGCAUGUGUAUUUAUACACAUAUAUAAAGGAGCUUUAUCAUUUUUAAAACUCAAUAGAAUAUAAGUAUACAUAUAUUUUUUUGAGUUUCGAAAACCUUUAUAUUAUAUAAAUGUAUACAUACUUUUUUGUUACCAUCUAAUAAGCUUCUCUAGUAAUUUACAACUCAGGUACUUCUCAUACAACAUCACCCGUUGUUACAAAAAAUGAGAUCGCUAUCCGUAGUUGAGCAAGGUUUCGAGAGUAUGUGUAAUUAUACGACAAUUAUGAAGUUAUCAGAUGGAAAGGAAUUCAAAACUUUUUGAAACUAAAAAAGCCAAUCGAAUAAAAGAAUUAAUGUAGUCAUGCAUAUUUUUUAUUUAAAACGCCUUCUUUAAAAAAUUCAACUAGACAUUUUAUGUACAUUUAUAAAGAAGACAUAUAUAUAUAUAUUAUUUUUUAAAUAUAAAACUUAAAUUUAACUUAAAGCAACUCACAUUAAAUUCAACAUUUUGCGCAUACCUUUUCCAUAAUAUCUCAUCACAAAUUACAUUUUAUCUCCUUUCCAUUGCAAACUCAAAAUACAUAUAGCCUUCAUUACUCAAAUCAUUACAUUUCAAUAUUUUUUAUCAAAUGAAUCAACAAAUUUUACAAUAAAUUUAAAUAUAUUGGAUAUAUAUAAUACUUUAUUCUUAAAUACAUUUUGUUAAUACGUAUCAAUAUUUAUAACACCACUCGUCCUAUUGUUCAUUUGUUUUGUUUUCUUUUACAUAAUUUUUGACUUUCCAUGUCGAAACUUCAAAUUCUUAAUUAAUAUAUUUUUCAUUAUUACAUUUUUUGCACAUAUUUAAGCAUAUUCUUUAUAGUUGUAGUGUUUUUCGUUUGUUUUAUAUCUACAAAUUUAAAUUUAAUAAUUUUGCAAUAGUAAAAAUUUUUUUAAAAUUUGAGUUUUUUAAUAACUUUAAAAUUGACAACUCGUCUAUUAAAAUACAAAGCAACAUUACAACAAUAUGAAUAUUUUAUUAGUAACACGGGGUGGCAGUGAAAUUUAAAUAGUGCUGUUGAAUAGAUCGCGAUUUUUUAAGUUCACCGUAAGUACUAGUACUUCGUUAAAUUCCACUACCCUACGUCAACGUGUUAAAUGUAAUUAUAUCCGGGAAUAAUUAUAUUUUUUAUUAUUGAAAAGUUUAUAUCAUUGUUUAAGAAUAAAUACGACGGGUCCAGUUAAUAAUUAAGUAACAUCAUUUUAAAUUCUGGAAUGCUUAAAUAAAAAAUUUAGUUACAAAUGAAUAAAGAUUUUACAAAUUUGAUUCUCAUACAACUUUUGGAAGUUUCGGACUUUUAAAUACCUUUAAUUUAUUAAUUUACCAUAUGAUAAAUUAGAAGCAUUAAUAAAUUUUAAUUAUUAGAGUUCCACCACUGUAUAUAAGUGCUUACAGAAUCUACAUUUUUGUAUCCAUAUUUCACGAUAUAAAGUAUAUUUUUAAAUUCUAUAUAACUUAUUUUAUCUAUACAGUGUAAAAAAUAUUGUUUAUAAUUUUUUAUGGAAUACAAAUUAGUAUAUAUGUUGAAAAUUUUUAUUUAAAAUUAUUUAUUUAUAUAAACUGUGAUUUUAAAUUAGCUUUUUACCUUUGGUUAGGCUAAAAAUAAUAUAAUUUUCAAAGAUUAUGAUUUGUAUUUCUUCGAUAAUAUAUGAUUGUAUAUGCAAAAUUAUAAUUAUUUACGCAAAAAAAAAACAAAUGAACGAUGGUAGUAUGGUCUGUGGCUUUUCUAAAUAUUAAUACUUAAUUGACAAUUUAUACAAAUAACAUAUUUUUUUAAGUUUCCCCUGUUAUAUAGAUUGUAAAAUAUUGAUGAUUUAAAAUAUAUGUAAAUGGAUUUCCCUUAAAACGAAAUUCACCCUUCAUAUUAAGAUUUACACCAAUAAAUAUUAAAAAAGCAUUUGAAGUUA